AUGGAGACCCCUGCUGGCAAAGUGCACGAGAGGCUGUGCCCAGCAAUUACAGCACAAUCUUGCGGGUCUUUAGGAGAGAAGAAGGAGGAGAAAAAGGAGCCGAUGAGGGUUUAUAAACCGACACCCCCUUACCCAGGUCGGUUGAUAAAGGGUAAGGAUGCAGAGCAGUACGGAAAGUUCCUCGAGAUGUUGAUGAAGCUGCACGUGAAUAUUCCAUUCGUAGAGGCCUUAUCGAAGAUGCCGAAGUACGCGAAGUUUCUCAAGGACUUGCUCACGAAUAAGAAGAAGUUGGAUGACCUUUCUACUGUCACAUUGAGCGAGGGGUGUUCUUCCGUCUUGCAGAACAAGCUACUAAAGAAGGUUUCUGAUCCUGGUAGCUUCACCAUUUCGUGUCUGAUCAGAAAUCUCAUCCUCAGCAACGCGCUGGCAGACCUAGGGGCUAGCAUAAAUCUUAUGUCGUAUUCCAUCUUUGCUAAGCUCAAUCUAGGCGAUCCAUCUCUUAAGCGCAUGAGUCUUCAGUUGGCUGAUCGAUCAGUGAAGUUCCCAAGAGGGAUUGCAGAGAAUAUGAUAGUGAAGGUCGACAAAUUCGUAUUUCCAGUUGACUUCGUUAUCCUUGACAUGGACGAGGAAUCUGAGGUCCCGCUGAUUUUAGGUCGUCCAUUCCUUGCCACUUCACGUGCACUCAUUGACGUGCACGACGGCAAGUUGACUCUUCGAGUUGAUGAGGAUGAAGUCACAUUCGACAUUCAGCGUUCUAUGAGGCAUACCCAACAACAUGAUGACACUCUAUAA